AUGUCUACUGAAACAUCCGUCAAAGCUAGUAACUGGAGAUUGGUCGAAGUUGGCCGUGUUGUCUUAGUUAACAAAGGUCAAUACGCUGGUAAAUUAGCCACUAUUGUUGAAAUCAUUGAUCACAAAAGAGCUUUAGUUGAUGGUCCAACCACUGGUGUUCCACGUCAAUCAAUCUCUUUAGGUCAUGUUGUUUUAACUCCAUUAUCAUACUCAUUACCAAGAGGUUCAAGAACUUCAACCGUUGCUAAAAAAUUCGAAGCUGCCGGUGUUGAAUCAAAAUGGUCAUCAUCAUCAUGGGCUAAAAAAAUUGCUCAAAGAGAAAGACGUCGUGCUUUAACUGAUUUUGAAAGAUUCCAAGUUUUAGUUUUGAAAAAACAAAAAGGAUAUGCUGUUAAAAAAGCUGUUUCAAAAGCUUAA